UUGUUCAUGAAUUCAUCAAGAAACGUUUCAUUACUACUGCUCCAUCACCGCUGACAAUUACAUACCCGUCGAUACAAAAUUCAGCUGGACUUCCAAUAAGAAGAUGCAUUCCAUGACAAUCGUGCUGGUCGUUGCCUGUGCUUUGCUCGUAUCCGUUUACGGAGGCGGCGGCUAUGGAGGCGGUGGCUAUGGAGGCGGUGGCUAUGGAGGCGACUUCUACGGGGGUGGUGGUGGAUACGGAGGUUUCGGAGGAUUCGGCUAUGAUCUAGGAUGGGGAUUGGGAUAUCCGUUCCUGGGCGGUUGGGGUCUGGGAUUUCCGUGGUUGGGCGGAUUCGGAGGGUUUGGUGGAUUCGGAGGGUUCGGAGGAUUCGGUGACUUCGGCGGUUAUGGCGGCGGAUGGGGAUACAAAAAGAAAUAGAAGUCCAGCUAACAGGAAAAUCAUUCAGUUUUUUUAUCCAUUUUGGUGCUGAGCAAGACGAGUGAACGCGUUUUCUGAGGUUUCUAAUUUGAUUUUUCUAAUUCUUUUGGGUAAAGUUUUUUGCUUGCAUGCCAAAGAUUUCUGGUGGGGCUGGUUUCUAUGAAAUUAUUCGAUUCACAUUACUGAAUACAGGAAACAGAAACAAAGUAAUUUAAAUAAAAGCAAUGAUUUA